AUGCCUCGACCCAAGCGUCAGCGACCUGCAUGGCUACCGACUUGGAUACCAUUCAAGGAUGGGCGAUACUUGGGACUGGCUAGGCAGACCAUUUUGGCAUGGACAUCUGCAUUCUUAGCAGUGUCAUUCUUUGCCUUAACAGUCCUGUAUGCCGCAGGUAGAUCGAAGAUUUCGCAACUCGAGUUCGUACGCUACUCUCGAUCAAAUACGAUCUUGAUUCUGAGAAUCCUGUCCGAAGCCGCCGCACUUUUCCUAGCCUCCACUAUACAUGCGACUUUUGAUGUUGUGCAAUGGGUGCUUAUCUCGCAUCCGGACGGCAUGCGCCUACCAGACUUUCUCGCUUUGCAGUCAAGUACUGGACCCUUGGGGCUUAUACUACUUGCUUCUGGACAUGGUUUACCGCCUGAGCAAUGGCCCUUGAAGCCACGAAUGCUGUCGCUUAUUCGUUUGCUUGCUGAACUGACCGUGCCAGUGGUGGGAGUGCUGGUUAUGAGUGUCGUGAAUGUAAGAACCUUGUACGUACCAGAACCAGAAACUAUUCGUCCGUUCGCGAUUGGUAUGGAGCCAUUCAACAGCACCGUAGCCUCACAACUCGGGGUGAUACAAGAUCUACUAUUCAAUAUCGACUAUGUUACUUUUCUCACCAAUCCUCUACAUGCCGUCAAUCUCGCGCCCGAGCUUGAGGAGGUUUCCGGCUGUAUCAAAGGCAUGGGCAUAACGAGGAAAAAUAGUUGCGUACGUCGGAUUUUAGUUGCGCAGGAGCUGCAGAACGUUUACGCGGGUUUGCCUUUAUCGUCAACGGGCGGGCGAACGGCUAUACUCUCACAACACCAACAAGUGUACCACCUCGAGUAUCGAGACAACAUCAACGUUACCAGCAGUCCGCCCACGUGCAGGUUCUUCCUGGCAGGACCUACAGAAUAUCGUCUCUGUGUAACUGAUGCUGAAGACGGCUGGCUGCAUGCUUCUGCCGUUACCUGCCCUGCCGACCUUGUCCAGCGAGGGGGAUGUCGAGAGUCAACCCACUGGCAGUCAGAUCCCGGGUUCUCGACAGCCCUUAAACCAUCGUUCUUCCAAGCGACGAUAUCUUACGACCGCAUCUCUGGCGCCAUCCUCUCCCAUGAGAUCGAGUCGGAACCAGUCCCAGCCAACGUCACGGCCAGCGCCGUCUGGUCUGCCCUGCCCUUAUUGCUAAACACCACGGACCCAAAUCGGGGGAACCGCAGCAGCGCGAACCCAAUACUUGGCCAUGCGACUCACUUCUUCGGCCGGCUCGUCGCAGCCCAGUUUUAUCGCAUGAGCAAAGUCAUGACCGUACAGGACGAAGCGCGCCUGAAAGGUGUCAAUGCAUUGCAAUGCCUCCUCGCCAUCACCCUCUUCUUCUGCCAGAAUGGCGUUCUCAGCAACGCAGUCCUGGCCGGCAAUACAACCGCCACUCUCAAUCGCUCGGAUAAUUACAGAACUGGUGCGUUUGAGAGAGUGGAUCCAAAAGGGGCCACGGUUGCAUUGGCGGAAACUCAGUACAAGAUUCAUGUGGGGCGCGGCACGUUGAUAGCGUAUAUGGUUGUGAGCGGAGUGACACUGCUGAUCUGCCUUUCGGCGCUUCUAGUUGGCAGUCUUCUGGAGUUGAUACGAUUCGACGCAGAGCCGACGCUCUUUCCAUCUUUGGAUUUCUUUACGCAGGUGCGGGUAGAGCACAGCAAUGGCAAAGUGGUCACCGCGCAUGAGAGGACUGAGAUGGCAUGGAUAUAUAAUGGAAAGGAGUUGUUCAAGUCGAUAAGUGGCUUGAGGGUGAAGAGGAGGAAGAGAAAGAUGAGGGGCAAUGAGGAGUUAGAGCUGCGAUCCGCGGGGGAAGGGUGA